AUGGCUGAUCUGAUGACACGUGUCUCGGAAGUGAGCAAAGGCGGCGGGACGUUAGGGGAUGUGCUGAGGGACGUACAUCGGGAUCUCAAGGCUCUCGUGAACGCGAAAGCAGACCUCCCGCGCUCACAGGAGCAAGCCAUGGGGGUGGACGGAGCAACGAGUAUAGUAUCCCAAGCGCAUGCCAAAUGGACUGAUUUCCUAGCCACGCGCGAGCGCCUGCUGCAACACCAUGCCGACUGUAUGGGAAGGGGAGGGAGGGGAGAGGGGUAG